GUUAGCAAUACCUGAUCUGUAACCGCCCGUAACUUUACCAGACACACCAUUCCCCAUCUACACUUCAAUACUGAGCAGUUACACUCAAAUCACACACACACACAUCAAUGGAAACCUUCUGGCAAAAAGCAAAAUCACUUGCAGAAGAAGCAACAAAGAGAUCUCAAACCCUAACAUCUUCUCCAGUCCGAAUCGCCGACAUCGUCUCGGAAACCGCCAAACGAUCCAAAGACAUUGCUGCCGAAGCUUCCAGAAAAGCCGAUCAGUUGAAGAACGCUGCACUUCUCUCACUCGCCGAUCAAAUUCCGUCGCUGUCGAUUACGUCAGCUUCGUCUUCUUCUGAAUCGCCGUCGGAGUCGGAGCUUGAAACGUUCGGCAUCACGGAGGAUCUGCGAGGCUUUGUUAAAGGCCUCACGUUGUCUACGUUUCAGAAUUUUCCGUUUCCAGAUGAUGCGGCAUCUGAUGUGGCUACUGUCUCCAAUGUAAGGCAAGAUCUUUCCGAGUGGCAGCAGAAACAUGCAAAUCUGGUCCUCACAACUAUCAAGGAAGUAUCAAAGUUGAGAUACGAAUUAUGCCCAAGGCACAUGAAGGAUGGAAGAUUCUGGAGGAUAUAUUUUACACUUGUGAGCACUCAUGUUUCCCCGUAUGAGAGGAAGUUUGUUGAGGAGAGCAAGUUAAAACAGAUAGCACAAGCAAAAGACGAAAAAAGUGAUCACACUCCGGCCGCUGAACCAGAAUCGGCGGGAGCAAAUCUGCAAAGCAAGACAUCUACAUCUGAACAGGAUUUAGAUUCAUUUCUUUUGGGAGAUCUUGAUGACAGUGAUGGGCAUCCAGAUGACGGUGAUAAUGAUGCUUUUGAUGAUGAUGACGACGAUGAUUUUGACAAGGCGGACAAUUCUGCGAUUGAAGAUGAAAAGUGAGUGGAAGGGUGAAGGGGGUACAGCUUGAUGAGGACAUGUAUUUUUGAGUUUGAUGGAAACAUGAUAUGUUCAUUUGUAAUGUGGGAUUGAUAAGCUGUUUUUUUUCCGAUUGUACUUAAAAAACCUUGUUAAGAUGGAUUUCGUAUAGAAAUAUCAAGUCAGAAUGUAAAACUUCAUAGGUGUA